GAGACUCAGUCCGAUAAUUCGCGUGUUAAUAUUUACAAUUAAAAAAAAAAAAGUCGUAAAUUGAUAUGUAUGAUUACGAGCAGGUAUAGUAUCAAUGACAAAUUUAGUAUUUAAAGUCAGGCGACUUCACCCGUGUGUUGUUUCAUGUAGCUGAGUGUGAGACAAGAGAGCGGUGGAGAGAAGAGGGAGGGAGAAAGAACAGCCCCUGAUUCCACUCGUGCAUUUUUAACGGCGUUGUGGAACUUUGUGGGUUGUCGCUAUGACUCCUGGGCUAUACCGUUACAUCCCUCACAGCCUGCAAACAGCAGCUCCCAGAUCCGGUCAGCUUUUACCGAAGGAGAAGGAGAAUGCACAGUAGUUACAGGUAGCUCCAAACUUGCCAUCGUCUAGCUUCACACUUCUACUACAUGAGUAAAUAAACACAUGGACCUGCCUGUGAGUAAAUCUUACAAUCUGGUGACUUUCUUUAUACUUUCCUUUCUUUUUCACUACCUUUAUAUAUGCUUUUAUUCUUGGAUGUUUGGGUGCAAAUCUCCAUUUCAGCUCUGCAAGUUUUAUUUCAAUACCAAGCGCAAAAGACACCACUCUGCUUUGUUCUGUUGGGGUCUGUCCUAUUUUAAGCCAGAAUAUCCAGCUGAACUUAAUUUAAGGUUGAGUUUAAGCUGACUUUCAAAGUUGUGCUUUCCUCCAUUGGCUGAAGACGUGCAAAAGUUUCUGAAAUGACGCUGAACACGCAGAGAGAGAGUAGAGAGAUGGUGAGGAGAAGGGCCAGUACUCCGAUCCCCUCCUCUCGGCAUGGAGUAAUACACAGAGAACCUCAGCAUCCUCCUCUCGCCCAGUCUGCCUCCUACCAGGCUGGAGACACCAAACUCCACCUGAGAGCUCACUGGUCCUCCGACUCAGAGGAGUCUGACAGCUCAGGCUACGAGUGUCUCUACCGGGUCAUCCUACUGGGUGAUCAUGGAGUCGGCAAGUCCAGCCUCGCCAGCAUCUUUGCUGGGAUCCAAGAAAAAGAUGCCCACAACUGCAUAGGUGAGGACAUGUACGAAAGAACACUGACAGUGGAUGGAGAAGAAACUACCCUUAUAGUAAUGGACACAUGGGAAGAAGAGGAUGAGAAAUGGGUGCAGGACUACUGCAUGCAGGUUGGGAAUGCGUAUAUCAUAGUUUACUCCAUCACUGACCGCAGCAGCUUUGAGAGUGCAUCAGAGCUGCGCAUCCAGCUGCGACGCAUCCGUCAGGCCGAGAAUAUUCCCAUCAUUCUUGUGGGCAACAAGAGCGACCUGGUGCGCUGUCGAGAGGUAGCAGUGGAAGAGGGUCGGGCAUGUGCUGUUGUUUUUGACUGCAAAUUCAUUGAGACAUCAGCAUCAUUGAACCACAAUGUGCAAGAGCUGUUUGAAGGCAUCGUGAGGCAGAUCCGUCUGCGACGGGAUAGUAAAGAGACCAACGAGCACCGGCGCUCCAUUUACAAGUGCAAGGAGAGCUUCACCAAAAAGGCCCGCCGCUUCCUCGACAAACUGGUGGCCAAGAACAACAAAAAGAUGGCCUUGAAAGUGCGCUCCAAAUCCUGCCAUGACCUGGCUGUGUUAUGA